AAAAUUAGAAGAAGAAAGGGAGAGGGAGAGAGGGGUUGAAAGCAAGAAACAUGAUGAAAAUGUGGACCGGAGGAAUAAUAGUACUCCUAGAUGGACAACAAGGUGAUGGAGAAUCUUAAAUAGCAAAGCACAGUCACAGAUCAUCAUCCAUGACAUGCAUGCUCUUUCUGUAGAUCUCUCUUGGAUUUACCCAAGGAAGAAAAUUAAUUAGAAAAGGAGGAGGCUUGAUCUGUGAUCUGUCUGCGUCUUGGUCCCUGUGAUGGUCUGCGGCUGCUCACACAUGGCAUGUGCAUGCAGAUGAGAAUAUGAGAAAGAAAGGAAGGAAGGAAGGAAGGGGAAAAAAACAGCCACCAAUCAUCUCCUUUCUCUUCCUCCAUGAUCCGGUGAUCCCAUGAGCCUCCCUUCUUCUUCCUCCUCCGCCUCCGCCGCCGCUCUUCGUCCCCGCCGACGGAGGACGCGCCGCCGUCGCCGCCACAAUGCCGCUGCGGGGCUCGUCGGCGCCACGGCCACGGCCAGGGGGCUCGCCGCCGGCCUCUGGAGGCUGCGCCAUGCCGAGCGCCAGGCGGCCGUCAGCCGCCAUCACCACGGUUGUCCGCAUAGCCCCCGAUCAUACCGACGGAAGGCGGCGGCGGCGAAACUCUGCAAUUUUGGAGUUGGGAUCCAAUGCAGAAACCAUUGCAUCUUAGACAAGAUGGACGCGUGCGUGGUGGAAAUGGAAUUACCGGCCUCCUAUGAAUACGACGCUGGAGCAUCUUCUUCCAUGGAGAAGGCGACCAAAUGGGACCAGCUCCACAACGACCCUCGCAGGCUCCCGGCGCACGCGCACCGCCACGCCACGGCGGCGCUCAUGGCUGACGAGCUCGCCAAGGCCCGCGCCCUCAUCACCGAGCUGGAGCACGACAAGCGCGCCACGAAAAAGAAGCUGGACCGCUUCCUCCAGAAGCUAUCCGAGGAGAAGUCCUCGUGGAAGCGGCGGGCCCGGCGCAAGGUUGCCGCGCUGGAGGAGGAGCUCGCGGCGGAGCGGCGGCACCGGCGGGAACUGGAGGCGGCGAACGCGAGGCUGUCGGAGUCGAAGCUGGAGCAGCGGCGCUCGAUGGAGCGGGCGGCGCGGGAGAUGAUGGAGGAGGAGCGGGCGGAGGUGGAGCUGCUCCGGCGGGAGCUGGCGGCGUUGAGAGAGGAGAUGGAGGAGGAGCGGCGGAUGCUGCAGAUGGCGGAGCUCUGGCGCGAGGAGAGAGUCCAGAUGAAGCUCGCCGACGCCAGGGUCGCCUUGGAGCAGAAAUACGCGCAGAUCAAUCGGCUCCAGGCCGAGAUGGAGGCCUUCCUCCUCCGCCGCGGCGGGAGCGGCGGCGGAAGCUCGGUGAUGCGGGAGGCCAAGUUGCUCGGCGAGACGGCCUCCGUCCGCCAUGAACUCGGGUGCAGGAGCCGGAGCCAUCGUCCUUCCGAUCGGGAGGAUGAGGAGGAUCGGGUGUUGUUCGAGCAUUUUCGCAGGAAGGAAGAGAGCGCCGCUGCUGCUAAUGAUGGCGGCGGCGGCGCUAGUCCGGCGGCGAGGUCCAAUGGUCAUUCCGUCAGCCCCGCGACGGACAUCUUCUUGGAGAAGCUCGACGACUCUGACGGCGAUCAUCGGCGGCGGGGUUCCUGUGCUUCGGCUGGGACCAGCGGCAGCAGCAGCGGUUCUCGCUCGUUGCCGGUGGGUGCACAAGGGUCGCCAUUGUUGUCCAACGGCAAAGCUGGCCGCCUCGAGCAUCGGCAUCUUCCAGCCGCCGCCGCCUCGAGCAGCGCUGCUGGGGCCGGGAAUGGGAGUGGGAAGAAGAACACGGCGUUGAUACAGAGGAUCUGGAGGUCGGCCAUCAGCGAGAGCCGGAAGCUCAAAUCGUCUUCAGAUCACAAGGCGGCGGCGGCGACAUUGCCGCCGGUUGCGGCGCCGGAGCUGUGCGCUGCUUCGUCAUCGGCGGCGAUGUCCUCCCCUUACUCCUACUCGCAUUCGCAGCAGCAGCAGAUAAGAAGCGAACAUGAUCAGAAACAGAAGCAGAAGCUGAAGCUGAAGCAGAUUAGCCUGCAGGAGAAGCUCAUGGAGGCCAGAAUCGAUGACGAGACGAAGCACAACUAAGCUUGAUUAAUUAUCCGGUACAUACAGAGACCAUUAUUCAUGACAUAUAUGAUCUGAUUAAACUUGAACAAACAUACAUAAAUAGGUUAGCUUGUAUAUCUGCAAAUGUUAUAUAGAGAGGAUUUUGAUGGUGUAUUACCAAACUAAGAUUCGAUCGAUAUGUGUGUGUACAAAUUCUUCAGUUCAGUUCAGUUCAGAACAA